AUGGAAGUGGCACCGGCUCAGGGGCCACAAAGCCUGCCGUCGUAUCACUAUGAACCGCUGAAGCACCCAGACUCGACGCGCGUGCUUGUCCUCCACCCCGCCGGCGCGUUCGAAUCUCAACUGCUGUGUUCUAUCAUUCAAUACAGUCGACAGGAGCAGCUUCGCAGUGUAGACACUACCCGCAACUAUUCUGCUGUGUCGUACACCUGGGGUGAGCCCGAUUUCUCCGUCGACCUUAUUAUUGAUCAAAGUAAUGCCGAUGACGACAUCACGCCCAAGAAGUCCCUGCUGAAAAUCACACCGACGGUUGAUACCAUUCUGAGAUACCUGCGCGGAUCGCACAAGCCGGUACACCUCUGGAUCGACGCCCUGUGCAUUAAUCAGCAGGAUGAGAAUGAUAAGGCGGUGCAGAUUCCACAGAUGGGAGCAAUCUACAAAUGCGCCGAUAUGGUGCACGUCUGGCUUGGCGACGUCGAUGCAGACGAGGUCGCGAUAGCAUUUGCCAACGUACGCAUGAUUCAUGCGUCCCCAGCGACCGAAUCCUACAAGGCAGAUCUUUUUGAAAGCCUGGCGACCUUGACGCAAAAACCGUGGUUCACUCGAAGAUGGGUCAUCCAGGAGAUCAAGCUCGCAGAUCGAGCUGUCUUACGCUAUGGAGAGCAUUCUGUCGAAUAUGCACGCUUCCGAACAGCAUGGUACUUGGUGGAAAGUCGCAUGUUGUCUCAGGAUAACAUGAAGGAUUUGCGGCCUCUGCUAAACCGUGAUUCUACAGAUGACUUCUUGGAAUUGCUCUGGGGAUUUCAUCUGGCGAAUUGCGCAGACCCACGGGAUCGUCUUGCAGCUUUGUAUGGCUUCCUCCCUCCAAGUGAACAGCCAAUAGGUGUCCAGUAUGCCCAAAUCGGCUGGGAAGAAAUGUAUCGCCGUCUAGCUGAGAGAUUGAUCAACGGAAACACUCUAUCGGCAACCCGGGUAAUUCUUCACCUUUUCGCAUUUGGAUCGGCUGCUAGACGGGUCCUAGACGACUCCGAGUAUCCGUCUUGGGUCCCUGAUUGGUCUGGAAUUCGACAGCCGGGAAUGGCGUCAGGAGAGUUCUGUACAAACUGCCAGCACUCAGCAGAUCGCGCCGACAGGCCUUGGAUUGACUGUUCGAAUGAGAUUAGUGGCUCAGAAACUGAAGGUCCCUAUUUAAAAUUCCACUUGAAUGACAGCUUGUCUCGCAAAGAGAAAGACAAGCUCUGGCUCCAAGAAGCUCAACAAGACAUCCCAGGUGGCAGCGGGUGCUUCAAAUCUCUGAGAGCUCUGUUCGCAACGAGAUUCUAUGCUAGGGAGAAGAAACUCAGGGCCAGGUGGUCGCCAAUUCGUGGUGGUCUAUAUGGGAAGAGUGCCCGACUGAUCCUGAAGCUACCACGAGAACUAGUCGAGGGGGAGAAGUUAUGGGAACGCGCACUCUCAUGUCUGAAGCCGAUCCAAGAUCGGUUCGUGACACCUAAAACUUGUCUAAGGGUCAUGGCAUUGUUUGCAAUUAUUCUACGGGGCAAGGACGUUGUGUCAAAGGGAAAAGACGACCUGAGCAGCUGGUCUUUGCAUAAGCUAAUGGAUGCAUUAUACGAAACAUUCAGGGUUGGUUUUGAGAAUCCAGAGUCUCUUGCCAGAGGACAGAUUCUGCUUCUCACAUUGAUCGGCGGCGUUUUACGAAAGUUCGCUUUCGUUGAGCUACAUCCUUCGCCAUACUCCCUCAAUGACGAUCCUCCCAGUUUGGAAGAGUAUGGUUUGGCGCCUUACGACAUGGGUUUCGAAGACAUCUUGAUUCCUUGUGACGAAACAAAGCUGGGCCAUUUCCUUCAACAAUCGGACAUGCCGUACGGUUGGAAAUUCAUGCAAGGCUACACCGGACACCACCUAGUCGAGAUAUUUUCCAAACUAAGCUACGAUCCCCAUUAG